GCGCUCCCCGUGAAUUGAGCAAAUUUAAAGUUACUUUCUUACAACUCGCAUCCUUUCUUCAUCUCAUCAAGACAUCAGCAGUAGAAUCGUCGGCAACAUGUCUCAUCUAAAGUAUUAUUCCUACGAGGGCGUCGGCGUGAGAAACAGAGAGAUAUUCGCUUACAGCCAGGCCGUGCGUGUGGGAGACCGAAUCGAAUGCGCUGGUCAAGGAGGCUGGGACCCUAAGACUGGCGCAUACCAAAAAGACCUUAAUGCACAAAUUGACCAGGCUUUCGCCAAUGUUGAGAUCGCCUUGAAAGACGCCGGUGGCAAGGGCUGGUCUCAAGUUUAUCGCAUCAAUACUUACCAUGUGCCGAUAAGCAACGAGGCAUUGGAGGCUGUGACGAGGAAUAUUCGAAAUUAUAUGCCUGGGCAUCAACCGAUUUGGACAGCUGUAGGAGUGGCACGUCUAGCUGAGGAUGAUAUGCUCAUAGAAAUUGAGGUGGUUGCUCAUGAUCCGGAAGGCGCACAGGCGGCCUCAAAGCUAUAAUGUAUCUAUCUGUUUAGGGCCCGUUUCAACAUUGGAUUGAUAAUGAAACACAAGUUGUGGUGUCAUCUCGACG